AUGAAAGGGCUGCUCUGCCCUUGCCCUGCCCUACCCCACUCCUGGCAGCCGGGGUCUCACUUCAUGGCUGAGGGCUCUGGGACUCAGGCCCAAGGGAAAGGGCCCUUGCUCAGCAUCCAGCUCCUGCGAGCCCAGUACGAAAGCUUGAGGCAGCAGCAGAGGGCCCAGGCCCACCUGGUGGUGCUCCCGGAAGGCGGGACCAUGCCUGCUCCUGCUCCUGCUCAGCCCAUGGUCAGUGCUGUUUGGAUUAACAAGGAGAGAAGGAGCUCACUAUCCUUGGAGGAGGCAGAUCCUGAGGCCAAGGGGAUGCUGGAGGAGGCAGGCAGAGGCUGUCUUCAGACCCCCACGUCUACGUGGCACACGCACCUAGAGAUGCAUCGCUCGGUCCAAAACUUCUACCAGGAAACCAGUCAUCAAGUACAGCACAAGGGCAGGCUUACUGGGUCUGACCAAAGCCUCUCUCAGGAAGAAGACCUAGGCUUGUUUGAAAACAAUCAGAGGACUCAGCAAGGGACGGAAACCCCAGAGGCAGCCCAGCAUCAAUGUCAUGUGGUCAGUGCCCAAGCAAAGGCAGUGGGAUCCAGCUUAAACAUGAGCAUUCAGUGUCCUCCUCCCACAAAGAACCUCCACAGAUCUGGCAAAUCAGCUUAUUAUCCAUUUCCCCAGAGGAAGACUCCCAGGAUCUCCCAAGCUGCACGGAACCUGGGCUUAUAUGGCCCAGCCUGAAGCUUUCUUCUCAGCCAGAGGGCUCAGCCUUGAGACCAUCAAUGGCCUCAUCAGAGAACCAGGGAAACAGAGCUACAACUAGAUCCUCUAGCUAGGAGCAAGAACUGCAACUGCAGGAAUUGUGGGAAGUGGGCACAUGGUCUGGUCUUUCAAAAAAGAAGAGAUUGUCCAGGCCAGAUUGCUCAUAGUUCAGGAUGAAAGGGCACUGUCCAAUCAAUGCAGCCCCAUUCUGUUUGUAUAAGAAGA